UUGGGGUGGUAAUCAACUUAAUUUAACACAAAAAUUUUAUAAAGAUUCAUAUAAUGUUAUUCGUCACAUAAACAGUGAUAUUUUAAUUAUAUAUCACACGGCCUUUUUACCUCUAAAUACAUGGCAAAAUUUUCUAAGUUCUUCAGGAUUCGAUCAAGUUGUGUUGGAUACUCAUAACUAUGCAGUUUUUGACUAUUCUCUAUUGGCUAUGAAUCAAGAGCAACGACUAAAUUUUGUCUGCUUAAGCAAAGCCGACAUUGCAUCUAAUCAAGGUAUUUGGAUAUUGGUCGGAGAAUGGAGUCUUGCUAUAACCGAUUGCACAAAAUGGUUAAAUGGUUUUGGUCGUGGUGCUAGAUAUGACGGAACUUUUGAGAAAAAUCAUGGUCCUAUCUGUCCUAAUUGCACAUGUCAAGGUGAAGGUAAUUAUUUAAAUUGGACGCAUGAUUAUAAAAACUAUCUGAAAAAAUAUGCAUCGGCUCAAAUGGAUGCUUAUGAAGCUGGUUUAAGAUGUCAUGCCUUUGUUUGUGAUUUGACAGCUGAUAGUCUAAAAGACAAUAUACCAUCAGGAAAUAUAGAUGUUGUUUCUUUAAUAUUUGUAUUAUCAGCCAUACCACCAGAAAAACAUUACAACGUAAUUCGUAAUAUAUCAGAGGUUACAAGAGAAGGAUCAAUAAUAUGUUUUCGUGAUUACGCGAAAGAUGAUGAAACUGAAAUUAGAUUUUCAACUAUAACAGCUCAACAUAAACUACAAGAAAAUUUAUAUGUUAGACAAGAUGGAACGAUGUCUUAUUUUUUCACUAUUGAAUAUUUAAAGGAAAUAUUUGAACAAGAUGAACUUUUUGAAUUUGUGGAUGGUGGUUAUGUUGCAAGAGAAACUGUCAAUAGAGCGAAGG